AUGUUCUUCCAGGGUAGUUUGCAAGAUGGCAUAUCAACUGCCUUGCAGCAGUCGAAGCAGGUAGUGUGCCUCGUCACAGACGAUGGGGUUGAGAGCCAGCAAUGGGAGAAUGAGUUUCUCGCUGAUGACUCAAUACGGCCUGGCCUUGAGAGCUCAUCUGUGGUUCUAAGACUGCUUGCGGGUUCGGAAGAGGCGGGCUACCUAGAAGCCCUUUUCCCUGUGCCAAAAAAGCCCACUGUUGUAGUAAUACAAAACGGGCAGCUGAAAGAGUACAUUGCAGCCGGAACAAGCAAGGAAGAAUUCAUCAGGAGGCUUGGGAAAAGCACACCCUCAAGUACAACACAGCAAAGCCAAGCCUCAUCAGCACCGACAGCAGCUCCUGCACAAAGCCGACAGAGCGCUCCACCUCAGCUAUCACACACCACUGAUAGCUUAUAUGAUGAUGAUAUACAGCCAGCCAUCUCAUCAACCACUUCUUCUGCACCUCCACAGGGGACACAGCCGUCAGCAGCAUCGGAAGAAGAAGAAGAAGAAGAAGAAGAGAAGAGAUUCACAGCCGAACAGAAAGGCAAAGCACGAGCUGAGGCUGAAGAUGAGGCUCGUAGACGGGUAAACGAGAGAUGCGGCAGUGAGCCACCAAACGCUGAACAAGCCCACGCCAAUGAAAUCAAGCUACGCAAGCAGCAGGCAAACGAGGAGAGAAAGAGAAUACUAAAGCGCAUCGAAGACGACAAGCGAGCGCGGAAAGAGCGUGAAGCUGCAGAACGCAGGGCAAGGCAACAACUAAGCAGUAAUGCGAACGCGGAAGAAGAGAGCAACGGUGCCGGGUCAUCCAUCCCUCUCCGCGAACGGCUGCCGAAAGCCGGACAAGGCGAUCAUUGUAACCUGCAGGUGCGACUCCUAGACGGCUCGACGAUACGCACGCGCUUCGCAAGCGACAAGACGCUCAGCGCCGAAGUGCGCAAAUGGGUCGACGAGGAGCGCACGGACGGCGACGCGCCGUAUUCAUUCCGCGUCGUCCUCACGCCGCUUCCGAACAAAGUCAUCGAGGCCCAAGAGGAGAGCAAGUCCCUUCUCUCUCUCGGCUUGGUGCCCUCUGCGACGAUGGUACUAGUCCCCAAGCCGUACAGCGCCGCGUACGCGCGGACUGGCGUCUUCUCGCCCGUCUUCGGGGUCUUCUCCAUGCUGUACGGCGGCGUACUAGCCUCUCUGGCGGGUAUCUUCUCGCUGUUCUUCGGAGGCGGCGGGAGUGCCGGGCAGAACUCCGACAACGACGUUCCUAUGGAGAACCUACGGGCUCGGAGGAGAGACCCUCAGUUUUAUAAUGGGAAUUCGCUUAGCUUUGAGCCGCGCACUGAAGAUGAUGACGAGCACAACUCGCGGUAG